GCUGAUACUGCUCUGCCAAUACCUGAUCACUGGACAGAGCAGAUGAUAAACAACUAUUACAAGACGCUCUUUCCAUAAACCAAAGUGGAUAUUCGCAGGCUGAGGCUCGCCGACAUCCCCGCAGUCCCUAUGCCAGACAAGGCAUGGCAGAGAGACAGGACAAUGAGGUGGAGGAGGCCGACCAGAUCUAUUUGCUCAUGAAGGAGGACUAUCGGAUCUCUAGGAAUGUGCGUCUGGCAUGGUUCCUCGGGAAACUCAACCAAGUCAUCUGGCCGGCCUCAAAGCCCGAAGUGUUGAACUCAGAAAACGAACUGGACUUGCUGAGCAUUUUACCUAAAGGAUGGCAGUCGGAUUUCUCCCCCGCCUCGUACCCCUGCAUACUGAUGCCGUCCACUCGGGCCACCUUCCUGGCCCGGAGGUACCGCUUCAUCAUCGAGCUGGACCUCAGCCCCUCCACAGGGAUUGUGGAUGACAGCACAGGAGAGAUGAUCUUUGACGAGGUGUUCCACGCCUUGUCGAGGUGUCUGGCUGGCCUGGCUCAACCGUUUAAAGUCCCGGGGACCGAUCAGCCGUUCAAGCCUAAGAUCUUCAUCACCAUCUUGGCUUACUCGUCAAUUAUUGGCCUCAGUUCACAUCAGGUUUUGGUGCAAGGGUGCCAGCUUGACAGAACGGACCUCGAUGAGUUCCUGCAUCACAUCUAUCAGCAGCUCAGAGCGGUGGAGAGCAACAUUGCAGAAGUCUUGCAUCAGCAGCAUGAACAGUCUGUGGAUCCGGCACAAACCUCAAAUCACCACAACAACAACCUGGAUGACCAGCCCUAUCGGAAUCAAGGCAUUUCCAUGGUGUCUGCUGACAUGGGUCUGGUCAGCAUGGUACGCCAGGGCAUCUUGGCCCUUCAGCUGCUGCCCCCAAACUCCAGUGCAGGUAUCAUUAUAAUCACAGAUGGAGUGACGAGUGUUCCUGACGUAGCCGUGUGUGAAACCCUGCUGAACCAGCUCCGAAGCGGAACCAUCGCCUGCUCCUUUGUGCAGGUGGGCGGCGCAUACUCCUAUGACUGCAGCUUUGGCUACAUCCCCAAUGUGGAGCUGAUGAAGUUCAUCUCAUUAGCCACGUUUGGCUCGUACCUGCCCAGCUGUCCUGACGUGGACCUGAACAGCCAGGAGAUGAACGCUUACCACAAGGCCUUCCUGACCUACUCAUUUCUCAAGACCCCAGAGUCCAUGAACUCCGAGUACUUCUGCGUCUCUCAACACAAAUUGUUCAAUGAGCACCUGGUGUCGGCCAGCGGUAACCCUGCCCUUGUCAUGAGGAGGAAGAAGCACACGGAGAAAGAAGUCCAUGCUCAUUUAAUCAGCGUGGUGUCGGUGCGACUGAGAGAGGGCUACACCAUCAGAGAGAUCAGCCUCACCAAAGGUGGGACGCAGCUGGAAGUGAAGCUGGUCCUGCUGUGGAAGCACAACAUGCACAUCGAGUACCUAGCAGCUGCCUCCUGGCCAUUGGACCCUUCCAAGAGAACCACUAGGGUUGAGGUGACGAUGGAGGGAAGCUACGACAUCCUGCACGAUAUCAGCUGCACCCAGAGGAAGCCCAUCACCAGCCCGUACCGCACCUCCGUCAUCCGCCGCUUCUGGAACACCCUUCAGAGCAUCAACCAGACCGAUCAAAUGUUGGUGCAUCUUCAGUCAUUUAACUCGAUUCCUGAGAACUACAUGAUUCCUGAGAGCACCAAAAAUGGAGUUCCCCUGUUCUACAUUCCUCCUGGCUCUACCACUCCGGUCCUGUCUUUGCAGCACAGUGGAUCCAAAGACUCCUCUCAGUCCCAGUUUGCUUCGUACUGGAAGCCCAUCCUGUCCAUGGAUGCCAACUUCUGGCAGAGAUGGCUGCACAUGCACCGCAUCGCCAUCAUCCUUGAACAUGACAUGCCUGUCCCCAAACAUCUGCAUACAGCUGGAAACAACGGGCGUUAUAGCACCAUCCAGUGUCGCAUCUCCCACUCUGCCCUCACCUCACUGCUGAGAGACUGCAGCAGCUUUGUGCUGGUGGAGGGUUACUCGUAUGUUAAACUUAUAUACAGUUCGUCCGACCAACCUCCCACCUCCUUCUACCUGGUUCGCCUCAUCUCCAAGACACCCUGCAUGGUGCUGCGCCUGGGCUUCCCUAUUGGCACACCAGCCCAUGUUAGAAACAAGAUUGUGGAUGAGCUGCGAGAGCAGAUCCUCAAGCUUCGGUUCCCUCAUCGCGUUCAGAGCAAAGAGGCCACGCCCAAAACCAAGAGGAGGAGUGUUGGCCACCCAUCUCCAUCCAAAUCUCCCUCCAUCCCCGCUCCAAAGCCCGCGCUGUCAGACAGACCGUGUGUGGUGGUGCUCAAUAAGCCUCUGGAGAAGCUGCUCAUCAGGUACGAGAAGCUGCCGCUGGACUUCAGGACUCCCUUCAUUUUCAACAUGGAGAACUUUCCACCGCCUUCCAACAGUGCUAUGCCCCUCAGCAUGGCAGCCAACAGGACGGCGUCCUCCACCCUGGCCUCUCUAUCGCGUUACUUCCUACACCAGCGGUGGGUGUGGGCCGUGCAGAGCAGCCAAGGACCAGCCGUGGCCAUGCAGGCCGUGGCUCACAUCCUGUCCAUGCUCUCCGAGAUUCGAAUAUCCGAGGGUUUUCACUUUGCCGCCAGUGGCGAGGGAAUCAUAAACAUGGUGAUCGAGCUGCCGAUGAAGGGGAUGUCAACUGACACAGACAGAGAGAGUCAUUCUUGUAUUGUUCAGUACAUCCUGUUUCCACCUCACUGUACCUCGACUAAAGACAGCUUCUCUACUGACGAUGACAAUGACACAGAGGUGGAGGCUGUGGACCUGGAAACGGAGCUAAACCUCGUGACAGAAUGCUGGGUCGAACCGCAAAGUGGCGCCGUGAUGAACUGCCUGGACCAGCAUCGACACUUCCAGGGCCUCAAGUACCAGGAGAUCCCUCAAGCGAUCUUCCCAAGGGAUCUGGUCUGCAUGUCCACCAUGAUGACCUUUGAGUAUUUGUGUCAACUCUGUGAAAAUAAGGAUCAGGUCUGCUUGCUGCCGACUGGACUCAAGGAUGCGAGAGGAGAAGCAAUGUCCUCUGAGGAGAGCAUCCACAUGGUUCCUUUCCAGUUUGACCUCAUUCAGCUCCUCCCAAAAUGCCAGCAGGUUGAACUCUUCUUCUUCACGUUCAGUACAGCUUCUGAUAAUGAGGAGCAGCUUCACAGUUCGUCCUGUCUGCCCAAUGAGCUCCUGCUCAACCUCUUCCACAGCAGCCUGGAGCACGAGCUCAGCGACAGAGAGAUCCCUUUAGCCGACAGCGACCACGUCGCCUUCAUGCACCACAUCCUGGAACGAGAACGAGACGGCCACGUCGCUCCUUUCACUUUACCCGUCAUUAAAGAGGAGUGCGGGAAGCCUCCUGACAGGCAAGACACCAUGACGUCGUUCCACACCACUGGCAGCAGCAAAGAGGUGAUGGGAUCUACUAGCACUUUACAGAGUUUCAGUAAUGCCGACCUUGUAGAUGAAGAGGCCUCGCUGCUGGAGAGGAGCUGCUCUACACCGCAGUGGAGGUGCUAUGCCAAGUACAUCAGCUCCCAGCAGAUCCUCCUCACGUUCCUUCCUGCUACCUUCACAGACGUUCUGAUGUUGAUGGCGUCGGGACUGGAGACGGAGCCCAGGAGUAACGUGAGCACGCAGGAGGAUGACACUCUGACACCCAGCAACAAAUCUCAGGCCGACUCCCUCUCUGGCUCCACCGGUGGACUGGAGAGGUCCGAGUCCGGCCUCAGCCUGGCCAGUAAACUGAGGAGGAGCUCCAGCAGUGGACUCCUCACCGCCAGGUCCCCUGUACUCUCACCUUCAUCCGAUGGCCACGCUGGGGCUGUCGACUCCCAGAACUUGGACCAGGACAGCUGGGACAGCCGAGUGUCGGAGACGGAAACUGGGACAUCGGGCUCAGAUCUGGGAGGCAAAGAGGGAGUCCAGUUCUCAGAACCCCACAAGGCGGAUUUCCACAUCAGCUUCAGCAGGCAGGUUUCACAGCAGAGCACUGGGGACGGGGGCCAGUUAAAGUGUCCCGUCUACGUCUACAACUGCUCUCUGGAGCAUCUGAAGGAACAACUGGUGCACCCCAACUCCAGCCGCCAGCCCAGGGACGUCUUCUUCAGAGUUCAAGAUGCAGAAUCCUUGGAGAUGUAUCAGCAGACGAAGUUCAGGUCACUGUCUCAAGACCGCAGCAGUCCGUCCCCUUGGACUGACCUCUUGGCUCAACCACACAAACACAAAGAACUGGCCAACUACUGCAGUCUGUUGCAAGAACAUUACCACCAGAGCUAUGUCAAAGGUGUUUACCGCAGCCUGCAACAGUCGUACAACAUCAGCUCCCAGGACGUCCUGAUGGCCAUGGACUACUGUGAGGAAUCCCUUCAGGAGAUCGACAUCACCUCCUUCAUGCAGACCCUCUGUGGACACAUCAGGGUCUUCAGGGAGCACGGUAAAGCGCCAGCUUGGGCAGGGAAUUCAAAACCGUCCAGGAGCCCUGCCACCUUUAUCAUCGGAGAGGUUGAAGAGGAGCAGUCGGAUGACAGAGCUGCGGGGGCCUCCUCGUGCAGUAGUAUUGAUGUGGAGGACGCCAGUGAGGCCGAAUCUAGAGUGAAGUUCUCUGCUCCUACGUCUGAACUGAUCUCGGACGAGUCCAAGACGGACAAGAUCCCAGAAUUGCCUCUGACCCUGAUACAGACGCAGCCCAAGUGUGAAGUGUAUCCAGAUCUGCACAAAAUAAUACAGAAUAAGUUCAUGGAGAUCCUGUCUCAGUAUUUCAAAAGUGUGCCUUCAAAUCCACACUACUUCUUCUACUGCCCCCCGUCAUCCAAGAAAGAGGAGGACUCAGAGGAUGACGAGACAGAAAGGAGACCCAGUGAAGAGCUGGUGUCAGAGGCUGAGCCUGCAACUGAAACUGAAGAUGAAAAUAUGUCUGGUUGCUGCAUCCUGACGGAGAGUGACACAGACCUGGUGGUGGAGUAUGAGGAUCAACCAGGCACUGGCUCCCACGUAGAAGGUGAGGAGCAGUCCCUGUCAGACUCCAACACGGUCAACCAGGACCAGGACUCCUUCAGCAUCCUGGAGGGGGACUCCCUGCUGGAGCCUGAGGGGCCACAGCUGGACAUGCCACCUCUGUUUGUUCAUGUCACCUGUUCUGUCAACAUGAAAAGCUGCCAUGGCUCCAUGCCCAUACAAACACUACCCACCUGCCUCGGUGAGAUUAUUUCCUGUCUGGAGAACGCUCAGACCCUUCAGUCUGUCGAUCUGAAUGAACUCUCAGUCACGCUAGAUAUUUUUGUCCUGACGCUACCUCUGGAGAUUGAAGUCAUGGCUGAUUUCCAUCAUAACAGGUACACCUCGGAGAGCAGCGUGUCCCUGAAUCGCUCACCAUUACAGCCCUCCUCCUAUCGCUCUGACGAGGAGCUGAUGGACAGUAUGAAGGAAGCAGGUGUCGAUGGGGUUUCUGCUGAUUCCUUAGCCAAGCUCCCACAUCCUCAGAAGUUGUCAAUUCUUGCCACAAUGGAUGAGAUCCGCUGGCUGCUGGAGGAUGAGAUAGUCUCCGCCCUGCGCCACUCGCGGGUCAUCAGCUCGGCCACGCUGCACAAAGUAGCUGAGCACGUCUCGCGCUCCUGCGGUCGACCCCACUGUCACUGCGAGGACGUCCCGCUGCAGUUCGUCUUCGGGCCUGAGCAGUCUCUGGAAAAGUUCAAAGAGGAGUUUCGGCGCAUGUCGUUCUGCGGCUACGUGCUGAACGGCGAACAGAACAGCUUCUACUACUUGUCCCUGAGCAGACUUCACCCUCGGAGGAUCAGCGCUGCCAAGAGGCUGUCUGAGAGCAGGGCGGAGCCCGUACAGCACACCAACCCGUGCAGCUCUGCAGCUGAGGCCGAGGCCACGGUGCUGGAGAGUGAAACGGAGGCUCGGCCAGACAGCGAGGGUGAGGACAAGAAGUCCAUCUUUGCUGCUGCAGAAGCUUUACGUGACACAAAUGCAGACACUACUGAACCAGUCAGAGCCUUGAAGCCUGAAGCAGACGACUCCGUUAGCAUGUCGGGGGACAGAGGUCAGACCAGCACCCCCCAGCCGAUGACUGAAUGCAGCAGGGAGCCCAGCUCACCCCCGAAAACGCCGUCCAGCGUCAGCCUGGCUGAGUCCAUACAGUCGGCCUCUCACAGCUGCGGUAAACUCAGGCCAAGUCGGGUCCAGAGUGUCGUCUCCAGUCAGGGAAGCAUGGACUCGGACAUGCAGGGUUACGACGGCGGCAGCAGUGACUCAGAGUGUGAGAGCCCCACCACGGAUGAGCAGGAGUGUCAGUCACCACCGAUGCCGGACUUCUGGCUGAUUGUCAAGAUCCACCAGGACAGAGUGAAGGUCUACUCCCAUUCCAGGUGCUUCACGGAGGGAAAUGAGGUCGGUGCUGAGGAGCUGGAGAAGAAGGAGGAAGACCAGGAGCUGCCUGAGUAUUUACAGCUGCAUCAAAUGGUGGUCAGGAAGAUUGGUGAAAUCUGCAGGAUAGUCAAUCAGCGUAUGCUGCUGCAGGACCUGCACGACAGCCAUGUGUGUAACACACUACUGGUGGCGGAGAGCGAGGAAGACAUCUGGAAGAACGAGUCUCUGUACAGGCCGAGGCUCAACACUACUGACGAUUACAACACAGAGGAGAGCUACCCGGCCAGAGACUAUCUGGCGGCCAUGAUGCAGUUCAUCCCAGGACAUUUCGCCUGUGAAGUGGUGUGGAGCACCAUCAUCCACAUUCACCCGCGCCUCAAGAUGGGACCCAACAUGGGGGUGUCCAGGGCGAUCCAGGCCCUGCGCUCUGUGUUGAACUCCUUCUGCGUGGUCAACAGGAAGAACAUGUUUGUCUACCAGGAACGUACGACCAAAUCAGUCUUCUACCUCAGACUCUGUGAAACGUCACUAACUGGGAAAUACUCUGAUGUGGACGGGAACCUCCACUUGACUCGAUCCAUUGGGCUCGCCAGGAGUCAAGAGCCUUUGAUUUCUGAGGAACUUACGGGCUCCAGGUCUUCUCUGGAGGGCUCACGGCCAGUUGGACAAGUAGACAAACACAUCCUGUUGCUGGUGCAUGGAGUCGGAAAUGCAGGUCCAGAGAUCACAGACGAGCUGGUGAAGGUGCUACGUAAGCGCCUGGACGAGACCACCUUGGACAUCAUCACCGUCAUGCUUGUCAGGAACUGCAAGCUGACGCCUGCCGAUGUGGAGUUCAUCCAGCCGACUGGAUCUCCAGCCUCCGAGGUGAUGACCUUCAGACUCCCUCAGUACUGUCUUCCCUGGCUGUCCGCUGUGGCUCACUACCUCAGGCAGAACCUCCUCAUCUUCCUGCAUGUACCAAAGUACACGGACAGCAACACAGCACACCACUUCAAGCACUACUUUCACUUGAGCAGUGACUUUCCUGACGGCGACAUCUACCUCUACAAUAAGCCUGGAGGCCAGGGGACAGGAGGCAAAGGUACCAUGUCGGAGCUGGUUCAGCAACUCUUCCCGCCUUCUCACUUUAAAGGUAUUGCGUGCAUCGCCCUCUCAUUUGUGGACGGCCAGGGUCGGCCCCUUCAGGUUCCAGCUCAGGACUGCGCCGCACUGCAGAGAUCAGACAACUGCACCACCCCCCUUCACCCGGAGCAUUUCGAUGAGCUGACCACCGUCGUUAAAGUGGAGUCUAUCGGCGUCAGUUCAGAGCCACAGUUGUACGUGCGCUUUGACAUCUGGGAACAAGGCAACGUCAGCCCCUUGCAGCUGAGCGACAAACUACAGGGGGCGCUGCGCCACGCGCUUUGCGACGUCGUCAUGGAGCUGAGAGUCUUGCCAAAUCCCCUUUGUCUGGGCAUCCUCUGCCCAGCAACCAAAGCUCAGAAGGAGGAGGCUAAAGGACUGCUGAAUCCUGUGCCUGAGGUGAAAGAAGUGAAGGAGAGCCCAAGGCAGCGCAGUGGCUCUCGGGUCUUCAAAUCCAGCCCGUCGCCCAUCACCUUAAUCCAAACUGUAGGGGGCACCCCUGUGACAGGAACCAGCACGCCUGAGUCCACCACACCCACUGGCAAGAGCACCCGCAGGAGCUUCUGGGACAUACUGAGCAAGCCAGACUCAACGGAGCUCGGGACGCCCAAGACAACCGACGACAUUGUGCAAGAAAGAGGAGAGGAGGGCCGAGCAGCACGAAGGAGGCACAAGACGGAGAAUGUAAAGCAGCAGUGGAGCCAGGAGAAGGCCACAGCCGUGGAGCUGGAGCAGGUCCAGAGGAGGCAGGCGUCUCAGUUGGAGGAAGGAGAUUCAGGCACCCUUCACCCCGUCUACCAGGAUACCAGCGAGCCAUGGAUAACUUUCAUGGCCAAACUUGGCUGUCCCUCCAUUCAGCAGUGCGUAGUGGAAAUUGCUUCACACUUCUUGCUGCCUUCCAUCUUGGCAGAGAUUGUCAAUUUGGUCAGUUCGCUGGCCAGCGAUACUUCAGUGAAGGCAUUCGUGAAGACCCGCUGCCCCCGGUCGGGAGACAGAUUCGUACCGUUCCCUAUUGUCCAGAACCUCAGCCAACCUCCAGACUCCAAGCGGAGCUUCAUUCUGAUUGGCCGCAACUUCCAUCAGUGGCACUGCAGCACAGAGCAAGAAGACAGUUCAGAUGAAGAACACAGCCCAGUGCUAAAUAGGUUCACACCUCAUAAGGGCUUCCAGCGCUUCGAGGCUCUGGAGCAGAGCGAUUUGAUCGGUCCCGGCCAGGCCGGGGCAGGACUGGCUCCGCGCCAAAGGUUCCUCUUCAUCAGCAUCCUGGACAAAAAGGCGACUCUCUACAGCUACAACUGGUCCGUGGACCUCGGCGCCUCUCUGAAUCGCGAGCUGAUCCGCCUUGUUAAGUGGCAGAACGCGAGGGCUCACGUCGUGCACUGCCUGUUCAACCAGAAGAUGGGCCUCUUCCAUCACUACUGCUUCUCCGAUGCACCCAUCCACGAAAUGGACUCCAAGCAGGAUCCCAACCCAUUCCUCGGUCCCUCCAUGGAGCCAGAUGCGUUGCUGCGCAGUGCUGUUCCUCCUCUGCCCAGCAAAGAGCCAGGUAGGCUGGGAAGCUCCGGCCGCAGCCUCGCCCCGCUCCACUUCCCCUCCGAGCUGCUUCCCUUCGACGAGGCUCUGAGGGACGUCUGCACCAUCAGGCCGCUGAUGGAGGGGGACGUCGUGGGCCGACACGGCGGCCAGCUCCUGGAGAUCAAAGCCGCCGAGCGGAGAGAACUGGAGAAACAGAUGAAGAUAGAGAACCUGUUUGUGACCUGGCAGCAGAGAUCGGCGCAAUCCAACAUGCCCAUUUCGGGUACAGAUUUGGAGACUUUGAAGCAGUCAUCCCGGCUGGUCCAUUACUGCGCCACCCCUCUUCUCUUUGACCCCGUCUUCCGCAAGCAGAUCCAAGAAGAGCAGAUUAUUCCGCCUCCCGUCAAGAAACGCCACCGCUCCAGUGACUCCACCGCCUCGGGUCGGGACCGGAGCUACAGCACUGACUCGGCUGACAUGCUGCCGAGCCGACUGAAGGAAGAGCCCUGGCUGCUUGAGAUUUCCAGCACCUUCCUGCAGCAGUACGUCCAGUACCUGCAGAGCAUGGGCUUCAUUCUGGUCCAGGUCCGGCCUCAGUCUCCAGCUCGCAGCACUGCCCGGGCUCGUGCUGCCUUGCUGAAUUCCAUGUCAUCGGAAGGCAGGAUGUCGUUUUCUUAUGUAAAGCAGAAGAGCGAGGACAGCCCUAAGACUUCAGCAUCUGGCACUACUGCAUAUCACCUCCAGAGGGCGCUGCCAGGAGGGAUUGUGUUGAUGGAACUGGCUUUUCAGGGGUAUUAUUUCUGUGUGAAGCAGUACGCACUUGAGUGUUCCCGCAUUCCCAUGGGCCAGACCGUCAACUCCCAGUCCCACCUCAUGUCAUCUCUCCAUCAGGGCAGCCUCCUCACCAAACCUCGCAAGCCGUUUCCAGAUGCCACCCCCGUAUCUGAUUGUGCGCUCUCCAUGCUCUUCACUGAGGAGUGUGACAAAGUCCGGGACCUGAUGCACGUCCACUCCUUCAGCUACGACUUCCACCUGCGCGUCGUUCACCAGUACUUGGUCGGCUGUCACAUGACGCUGCGCCAAGGCUACCAGCUGACCGACUUCCUGGACGACUUCAUCUCCCACCACCCGGACAUUCCCAAGUUCGGCCGCAAUCAUGUCUUUCAAGGGAGCUUUUCCAUUUCCACGGGGAUGAUAACAGCUCACCAGCUCUACAACUACAUCACCGACCAUGCCAGCACAUACGGCAUGAAGCCGUUGCGCAUGUCCAAGGCUGCGGUUACCACUGACAACAAGAAAGGGAUGCCUGACCUGCAUGAGUAUGCACUGGUGGCUCUGUGGAACAGUUCGGGGUCUUACAAGGAUCUGGAGGGCCUGCAUCACCACGAUGACUUUGAUGUGUCCCUGGUGGUGUGCCAUAAUGCCGCUCCGUUUGAGGAGCAGUCGGACGGGGAGAGACAUUUGCUGAGGUUGCGGUUCUACGUGAUCAUGACCAGUCAGAGAGAGCUCUUUCCCCGCCUCACCGCUGACAUGCGACGCUUCAAGAAGCUUCCGCAGAUCCACCGUGAUCCCGGUGAACCGGGCGGAAGGCUCCCCCAAGACCGAGCAGAGGCCUUCGGGUCUCGGAGCUCCGAGCAGGACCUCUGGGAGGACACGCCGUCUGAAGUCGCGGCCGCCUCGACCCCCACCGACGGCAAUGAGUUCUACCCUCUAGCCGCGGGCGGGCCGGAAGCCCAGGGGCUGCUCUACACCUCCCCUCUGUUCCCUUUGCUCAACAACGAGGUGGCGUCGGCCCGCAGACAGAUCCAAGCCAGCGUGGAGCAGGCCAUGGGUCACUGCCGCAGGGACAACCUGUGGAGGAGGCUGUUCCACGGGGAGCACGUGGCCCUGGACAAACUGAAGCUGGCCAAGCUGUCGUUCAACGAGCUGGAGGAGCUGUUGGAGGCCGUGCAGAGCCGUUCAGUGGGGGAGAUUGAUCCACAGCUGGACUGUUUCCUAACCAUGAGUCCAGCCUGGUACCAGAGUCUAAUCAAAGUUCUGCUGAACCGCUUCCCCCAGAGCUGCAGGCACUUCGACGACAACGGCAUCCAGUACCUGGCCGUUCUGAACCAGAAGUUCACCGACUGCUUCGUUCUGGUUUUUCUUGACACCCAAGCUGGAAAAACAAGCUUAAAGGUUGUGUUUCGGGAGCCGCUGCCGUCACAGACGCAGGCCAGCAGCAGCCCCCCUCCUCAGCUGGUGUCCAUGUACCAUCACCUGGAGUCAGUCAUCAACACCGCCUGCUACAACCUGUGGACGGGGCUGUUAUAGAGCCGGGAAUCGCUGGACCCGCCUCGGCUCACUGUGACGUGUCCACGUCGUAUGGAAGUCAGGAGGGGACGACGCAGGACGUGAUUUCUCUGUGGCCGAUUCCUCCUUGCGAGAGAGAUUUCUCACAUCUAGUUUGCAGCGGCAGAGCAGCAUCUACUGUUAUUUAUGCACACUCGCUUCGUACACAGCCUGAACGGACCGGACGGAAACACAGAUCCAUAAAAUGAAUUCGGCUGUGACUAUUUGCAUACGCAUCGCUGCCGGUUCUUUCAUCAAUUAACUCAACCAGCCCGAAGCCAGUCUGAAAUUAAAUAGCUCCUAACUGCUGUGCAGGAAGCAUCUAUUUGCUGGUUCAGCAUCCGCUUGAAUCCAGUCGUAUAUAUAUUUUUUCUCUUUUUGAGGAGAAACUAAUAUUAAACUUCAAGGUUUAUGAUCAAAGGUACCACAUAAAGCUGACACUGUGCUUUUGCAAAUCUCAGUUUGUUCAGCCACACAAGUUGUAAGUAGUUUAUUUAAUAGGACGUGCAGUGUUUAUGCCCACACUGUACAAGUGAUUUGACUUCAAUACGGAGCUCAUGCUGAACCACUUUUUUUCUAGAUCAGAAUUCAAUAAAAUGUAUCCUCGACCAAUUAAGCAACAUGAGAAAUGAAGCAUGGUAGCAUCUUUGAUCAUAGCCAGGAAGUUCUCACUGUGACCUGCCAGAAAUCCCGCCCGUGAUGGCUCAAACCGAUAAUCGGGGUGUUGUUGUCGGGCCUCAAAUUGCAAAUCGUCGAAACAUUUUACAGAAAUUUAGCUCAAUUCUAAAAUAAAUCGCCGGCGAUUGUUAAGGGUUUAAUUGGGCCGAAUCCAAAUAUUGUCUGAAGCUUAAUACAGCGCGUGCAACUAACGAGAGAGGGCGUCGGGGUGAUCGCGCUGCAUUCACUUUACAGUAGUUAAUGAGAACACUAUGUCUUGAGCGUUGCUGCAUUGUUAUUGAGUUGUCACUGCCUCCGCUGACCAGGUCCGCUCUUUAUAAUAAGUCCACUUUGCACAUUCUAGCCAGUCAUUUCCUGUGUUGAAUAUGCAGCCGGGGGGUUGCGGCAGUCCGACUCAACCUGCGGCUGAACGGUCGGCGCGGUCUGGACGUGGAAACCUUCAAGUCUUUUUCAGGGAUACGGUCUCUUUGAAGACCUCUAGCACUGAGCUUUUAUUCUGGUGGACUAUGACUCAUCAUUGUGAGUUGGCGGGAAGGGGGGGGGGGGGUUGUCUUUUAGUCAAAGAGUGCUGGAUUGGGUGUGGGUGGAACUGAAGUAGCGUGCUCUGACGCACACACUGACAACCUGAUGGAUCAGGAAGCGUUUCGUCAUAUAUGAAGACACCUCUGCUCAUCUCUUCCUGCAUCUCUAGCGGAGACACGCCCCAAAUGCAAAUCCUUUAGGAUGCAUCCCGUGCUUCACGUGCAAACGCAGCUUAAGUUAGCCACAAGCCAGCGACGAUGCACGUUUCUGCUUUUAGAUCUGCACGCGUUCAGAACUCCACCACUUCAUUGAUGGGUCGGUUGGGGGGAGUAGUUGUCCUGGAUCUUGUGCCUUCUGAUAGCAUUCGACUAGCUCUUCAUGCCAGAUCAGUGUUUAUACGAGCAAGAAAAUGGAAGCGAGGACGUAAGCGUGCGCGGUGGGACGACUUCUGUGUUAAAAUUUCCGCGUCAAACCUAUUAUCCACUUGAACCCCACUGCCAUAUCCGGUGCCAUGAAGUGCCUUUCCCGGUUUAUGUUCUCCCUUUUUUCACGGAGCGAAAUUGUUGUUGUUCCAUCAGCUCUGCAUACGAGAUCUGUGGAAACGCGCGCCUGAUGUUAUGCAGUGAAAGUGCCUGAGUCCGUUUGGAGGAAUCUGACAAAAAUUGCCUUUCAUGAACAAGAAAAUGGGUCAUAUUAACUUUGGGGAUUUGCAUAAUAGCGUGCCACAUGUCAUCAGCGCUGAGUGUUUCCAAAGCCUGUUCAGGGGUGAUGAGCUUGAUUUGUGAAACUGUGUGGCUGGUAAUCACACCUUUGUUGUGUAUCCUGAAACAGUGUGGCUGGUAAUCACACCUCGGUUUACAAGAGGGCACAAAGCCAGCCCGACGCAGGAGUGGCAACAUCAGGCAUGAUGGCUUACAGUUUCCUUCAUUACAUUACACAUUCAACAGCCUUAUAGUUCUGCUCAUGUACACCAGAUGGAAACCAAAUGCACAUUCUGGGCAUUUUGAGCAUCUACAGUAACUGAAUGUUAAACACUGGAUAUUCAUCAAAAUGCAAAAUGUGAACUGUUAAAAAUGUUAGCACCGAGCUUUUUGUCACUGUAAUAUAAACACGUCACUAACUGUAUGUGUAUAUUGUGUAUAUACAGAACACUUUAUACAGUAUGUAAAUGUUGAAUAAACCAGUAGGAUGAAUGAAAA